UCUCCAUUCAGAAUGGUCGAGAGCAUCAUCGAGGUCUUUUUCGACACCGUCUUUGUUGACCUUGCAAGGGAUGGUUUGGCCAAGAGGUACAAACGGCGGUGCAUAGCCGACUACCUGAGCACAGUGAUUAGCGCAAGCGAGGGAGGCAAAUGCGAGGACAACUGCGCUCUGGCGGUGACCUCGGCGGUCAGGGUGCACGCGAUCGCCAAGGCGGAGAACGGGCAGGUGUGUCCCCUCGGAAAGCACCACAACGUGCUGUACGUGGCGGCCAAGCUUUGCUUCGACUGGCGCCUCUCGGACAGCCACAUCAUCGUGUGCAUGCUCAAGCAAAUUUUCGACUGCGAGAAAACGUUCGAGCGAAUCGUGAUCGCGGCCAUCCUGGGGCCGCUGGUCACUCGACUUCUCUCAGGCUGGCAGGCCGACUACCAAGACGAGCAAGAAAGUCUCAACGCUUUGGACUACUACUUGCAACACUCAAACGUGGAAAAACAAUUUUACCACAUUUCCGGCUGCAACCUGCGGAUGGUUGACGUGCCCAUGCCCGCCUAUCAUGACGCCCUCCCUGCCCAUCUGGCGUGCGUAAUGGACCGUCCAACGGCGCUUUUACUUUUGCUGCGACACGGGGCCCGUUUGGGGCCUGGGGAGCACGGGGUCUGGACCGAAGGGGCCUCUCCAGUCGCUCUGGUACAGCAACUUUGGCGACUGCACGAAAUUAUCCAAAACGGAGGAUCGGUUCCCAGCGCGGCCAUCGACUGCCUUCAAUUGCUCAUGAGAGCCCUUCCCCAUGCUGCCCUUGGAGAUCCAAGACUGCGCGACACGGCGGAGAUUCUUUUACCCAAAACGCGAUGGGCAGAACCGCCCGAAUUGAAACACAUCGCCCGGUGCGCCGUUCGAAGAGAAUUGGGAAAAGGCUGGAGUUUGCCAAACGGGAUUGAGGAACUCAACGUUCCAGCCACUCUCAAGCCUUACUUGGAUCUCAUGGAAGAUUAGAAAGAAAAUAAUCCAAGAAUUUAACAAAAUCAGCAAUAAUAAAAGCGGGUUACAAUUUGCCUAAUAAUCUUGGAAACAAUAACAAAUAAAUUCUUUAUAGUUUUCAAUUCAUA